GCGAGACAGCGCGCGGUGAUGUCAGUGGCGGCCCGGCUGGCAGCAGCCGUCCCUUCCGCUUCCCCGGCUCCUGGCGUGACAUCUGCGGGCCGGGGACCUGUAUGUGUGUGCGCGCGAAGGAGCGGAAGAAUGGCCGUGCUCAAACUCACCGACCAGCCACCACUGGUCCAAGCAAUCUUCAGCGGUGAUCCAGAGGAGAUACGGAUGCUCAUCCACAAAACAGAAGAUGUGAAUGCUCUGGAUUCUGAGAAGCGAACCCCACUUCACGUGGCUGCGUUUCUGGGAGAUGCAGAGAUAAUUGAACUCCUGAUUCUGUCAGGAGCUCGUGUGAAUGCCAAGGACAACAUGUGGCUGACCCCGCUGCACCGGGCUGUCGCCUCCAGGAGUGAGGAAGCAGUACAAGUAUUGAUUAAGCACUCAGCUGAUGUCAACGCAAGGGACAAGAACUGGCAGACCCCGCUCCACGUGGCGGCGGCCAAUAAAGCUGUUAAGUGCGCAGAAGUCAUCAUUCCGCUGCUCAGCAGCGUCAACGUCUCCGACCGGGGGGGACGCACAGCCUUGCACCAUGCUGCUCUCAAUGGCCAUGUGGAAAUGGUCAAUUUACUGUUGGCUAAAGGGGCAAACAUCAAUGCGUUUGACAAGAAGGAUCGCCGUGCUCUGCACUGGGCCGCUUACAUGGGCCACCUGGACGUCGUGGCGUUGCUGGUUAACCAUGGUGCAGAAGUCACGUGUAAGGACAAGAAGGGCUAUACGCCUCUGCACGCCGCAGCCUCCAACGGACAGAUCAAUGUUGUCAAGCAUCUUCUGAAUCUGGGGGUGGAGAUCGAUGAAAUCAACGUGUAUGGAAACACAGCCCUCCACCUGGCCUGCUACAAUGGGCAGGAUGCUGUAGUCAACGAGCUGACGGACUACGGUGCUAACGUGAACCAGCCCAACAACGGCGGCUUCACCCCGCUGCACUUUGCUGCUGCCUCCACGCACGGUGCUCUGUGUCUUGAACUGUUAGUAAACAACGGGGCGGAUGUUAACAUCCAGAGCAAAGAUGGUAAAAGUCCACUUCACAUGACAGCCGUCCACGGAAGGUUCACACGGUCGCAGACCCUCAUUCAGAAUGGAGGUGAAAUUGACUGUGUGGAUAAGGAUGGUAACACCCCUCUUCACGUGGCUGCAAGAUACGGCCAUGAGCUUUUGAUUAACACCUUAAUAACCAGUGGAGCUGACACAGCCAAGUGUGGAAUCCAUAGCAUGUUCCCCUUACAUUUAGCUGCCCUCAAUGCUCACUCUGACUGCUGCAGAAAGUUACUGUCCUCGGGCUUUGAAAUAGACACCCCAGAUAAAUUUGGAAGAACGUGCCUUCAUGCUGCUGCUGCAGGAGGUAAUGUGGAAUGUAUAAAACUCUUGCAAAGCAGUGGAGCAGAUUUCCAUAAAAAGGACAAGUGUGGGAGGACUCCUCUGCACUAUGCAGCUGCAAAUUGUCAUUUCCACUGUAUUGAGACGUUAGUGACCACAGGGGCCAGUGUGAAUGAAACGGAUGACUGGGGCCGCACCGCUUUGCACUAUGCUGCUGCGUCAGACGUGGACAGAAAUAAGACUAUCUUAGGAAAUGCCCAUGAAAAUUCGGAAGAACCUGAAAGAGCCAGAGAGCUGAAGGAAAAGGAAGCUGCAUUAUGUCUAGAAUUUCUGCUUCAACAUGAUGCAAAUCCAUCUAUCCGGGACAAGGAAGGCUACAAUAGCAUACAUUAUGCUGCUGCCUAUGGCCACAGACAGUGUCUGGAAUUGCUUUUGGAAAGAACCAACAGUGUUUUUGAAGAGUCAGAUUCCGGUGCUACGAAGAGUCCGCUCCAUUUAGCUGCCUACAACGGCCACCACCAGGCCUUGGAAGUCCUUCUGCAGUCGCUGGUAGACCUGGACAUCAGGGAUGAGAAAGGCCGCACGGCGCUGGAUCUGGCUGCCUUUAAGGGACAUACGGAGUGUGUGGAAGCACUUAUCAACCAGGGUGCAUCCAUCUUUGUGAAAGACAAUGUAACCAAAAGAACCCCACUUCAUGCCUCAGUAAUUAAUGGUCACACGCUGUGUACGCGGCUAUUACUAGAAAUUGCAGACAACCCAGAAGUGGUUGACGUGAAAGAUGCCAAAGGACAAACCCCACUAAUGCUUGCAGUAGCAUAUGGACACAGUGAUGCUGUCUCAUUGUUACUUGAAAAGGAAGCAAAUGUCGAUGCUGUGGACAUCAUGGGCUGCACAGCUUUACACAGAGGGAUUAUGACGGGACAUGAGGAAUGUGUGCAAAUGCUGCUGGAACAAGAAGUGUCGAUUCUGUGUAAAGACUCCAGAGGGAGGACACCCUUGCACUAUGCGGCUGCUCGUGGCCAUGCCACAUGGCUGAGUGAGCUGCUCCAGAUGGCACUUUCCGAGGAGGACUAUUCUUUCAAAGACAACCAAGGCUACACGCCACUGCACUGGGCUUGUUACAAUGGUAAUGAAAACUGUAUAGAGGUACUUUUGGAGCAGAAAUGUUUUCGAACAUUUAUCGGUAAUCCUUUCACUCCGCUGCACUGUGCAAUAAUAAAUGAUCAUGAGAAUUGUGCAUCACUGUUACUCGGGGCCAUAGAUUCCAGUAUUGUCAAUUGUAGAGAUGACAAAGGCAGGACACCACUUCAUGCAGCAGCAUUUGCUGAUCACGUGGAGUGCUUGCAGCUUCUUCUGAGACACGGUGCUCAAGUGAACGCGGCAGACAAUUCAGGGAAAACACCGCUGAUGAUGGCUGCUGAGAACGGGCAGGCUGGUGCUGUGGAUAUUUUGGUGAACAGCGCCCAGGCUGACCUGACUGUAAAGGAUAAGGACUUGAACACAUCCUUACAUUUGGCUAGUAGUAAAGGUCAUGAAAAAUGUGCCUUGCUAAUACUUGACAAGAUACAAGAUGAGAGCCUUAUUAAUGCAAAAAACAAUGCACUGCAGACACCCCUCCAUGUGGCCGCACGCAAUGGCUUGAAAGUGGUCGUUGAGGAGUUGCUGGCCAAAGGGGCUUGUGUACUUGCUGUAGAUGAAAAUGGUCAUACCCCGGCCCUGGCUUGCGCUCCUAACAAAGACGUGGCUGACUGCCUGGCCCUCAUUCUGGCUACCAUGAUGACUUUUUCUCCUUCCAGUACAAUGACGGCUGUCAACUUCGUUUGUUUUAAAAAAGACAGUUUGAGCAGGACCACUCUCUCCAACCUGGGUAGCAUGGUUAGCCUGUGCAGUAACAAUGUAGGCUCUGAGGAUGGGUACAAUGAAAAUGAUUCUGAUUCGGAAACUUUCUGACUUUGGACUGUAGAAGCUUUUCCUUGGUCACCCAUGUUGGAGGAAGGGAACAAAGCUUGAAUUCCAGAUUUGUGUUGUGUUCAAGUGUUAUUAUGGGCCCGAGCUUCCAGAAGCCAGUAGAGAAGGGAUUAAUCAAGCCCAGGGAAGGCAGCUAGGCUGUAGGCAAAGCUCUCACAUAGCUGGGCCUUGACUUUGCUUUGCUUCAUGUUUUCCUUAGAGCUGAGAUACUUCUGUGAAAGUCUACCUCUCAUUUUAAAUAUGGAAUUUUAAAAAAGCAUUUAAUUCUUUUUCUUUGGGCAUAAUGCAACAGAGAGGGAGAUUUUUUUUUUACUUUUCAUGUACUCAGCAGUGAGUUCUCAAAAGUGUAUCAAUGUGACAUUCAUGUCCCCAAGGAAGGGAGGGAAGGGCUGGAUAGGAGAUGCCUCAAACCUCUGCUCAAUUUGAUGUUUACUUCCUUACUAGAAGCCAAAGGUAGAGGUGUUCAUCUUCAGAAGUAACGCCUAUAAUAAUCUUUUUUAAGGGAGUCCAAUUAUUCAUAGGCUUCCCAGGUGGCGCUAGUGGUAUCCUCUCUACAGUAAGUACUUAAAUAUCCAGAACUUCUUUUUGAGGAUUUUUUUUUUAAGUUGCCAAAUGAAGGGGAAAAUCCACUGAAAACUGAACUUGCUUUUCUCAUUUAACAAAAAUGUGGAACCCAGUGCUCCCUGUAACAAGCCUGUGACUAAUUUUCACCAAAUGAUUGAACACGAAUCCCUUCAAUAACAUUUCAGGUGAAAAUUAUAUUGCACCGAAACUUUGAGAUAUAUGCAAAUAUGAAAUUACCCUUGAUUAAUUUGUCUGUAAAUCAAAAUACUAACUUUAUUAAAAACAUAAGAGCCAUCAGUAUUGUUCAUCGGUAGUGAAAUGUUAAAUGAGCUUUUCGGUCAAAGUCAUGCUCAGUGAAUGGAAGUGUGACUCCAAAAGAGAACAAAGUGAAAGCGCGAUGUAGAAAUGGGUGAAAUGGAAAUUAAAGCCGAUUAAAUUGGUUCAUGAUGAAAUCAUCGUAGUGAACACUGUGUCUGCUCCCUCUCCUCUGCCAAAGCUUCUAGGUCAAAUGGACCCCGCUCUGCACCCGGAAUAGCUGUACAGAAAGAAGAAUGAGACUUUAAAUUAUGCACAUACACAUGCACAUGUAUAUGUAUGUAUUUAUCUAUGUCUGUAGUUCAUCAGCCAGCUAUACACGAGGACCAAAAUGCUUCAGUCUAAAAUUGAAGAUUUAAAUUGUUUUCCUUCGAAGUGGAAGUAAGAACUGAAAUAGCUUUUCUAUGGAGUUAAAAUGUAAUCUUUUUGCGUAAGUCUUUACUGUAUUUUAUAUUUCUUAUGACACAAAUUUCUAGCUGAUGGCUUAACAUUUGUAACUAAUAAUGUGUUUACCACAGCUUAAUUUUUUGCCAAACUAGAGAAAAUGUUCAUAUACUUUGAUGUAUAUGUGUUUGUAUUUAUUUGAAAUGAAACAAAUGCCGAGGAAAUAUCCAUUGUUUAUUCUCUGUUUUAAUUCCUACUUGUCUUACUUGGAAUAAUGAGGAAGCCGGAAAAUAUACAGAACUUUCCCUGGGCUGGCCUGCAGUCCUGAGGGUAAGCCCAGAAAUUCCACUGCUACGGCUUCCAGUCGACCCUCAGGUUCUUCCACGUCGGUUGAAAAAAGGUACAACGUCCAUGACUCAGCCUUUGUGUAGCCAGCUCAGAGCUUAGAAUACACUGCAGUCCUUAUGCUUUUCUUCGAGAUGAAAACUGAAGUGUGUAGUGGGUCAUGUGCACAAAGAGGGCCCAAAGAAAGAUGCAGAAAUUAUCCUGAAUAUGCUGAAAAUCUCAUGGUCCCAGCAACCAAAUGGGAAACUCUGUCAGUGUGUGGGCACAUGUACCAAGAAGAGAAAUAAAAAUCACCAGCUCCUGCUAUUUUCUACUUGAGGAAGAGACGGGAAAGAAACAUAUUGCGUUAGAGUACUGCUCUCCAAUAUUUUACAAUGGGUUCCAUUUUCACUCUGGAAAUUUCUAUCUUAAUGUAUGUGAGAUAUUUUUUAAACAGUGUCCUAACAUACCUGGAUUAAAUACAGAUACCAUACUAUGUAUUUCAUUUAACUGUAAAAGUCUCCACUCUGUAAUAUUCUGGAUUUUAUUAAAAACUCAUGUUGGGUUCUUCACAAAUGAGAACUUGCUCAAAGGACUUACAAGAACUGGUAUUAAUUUCAUUGAAGCCUUUUGUUUCACCACUGACAUUGUGUCUUUUUUAAUUCUUGGUGUUGUGUUCCCCUCCUUUCUCUGUCCUUUUUGUCUGCUUGGAGAAGAUGAGUUUUAAAAAAGUGGAUAAAUUGCUAAUGAGCAAUAAAUGACCUUACCUUUACCAAAACCCUGAAAGUAAGGGAGCUCUAACGCUGCAGAAACGUGAUAUAUUGUGGAGUCUUUUUCCAGAAGUGAAUGGAAAUCUUGCUCAGUUGGCCUUGAAAGCAGGAAAUGCGAUGCCUGCUUUAAUGGUGAAGCAGCGUUACCAUUUCUCCUGUAGAGUAGCGCAGAGAACAAGAAAUACUGCGGCAAGGCGGUGACAGCCGGGCGACAUCUCUGUGGAGCUGCGUCCUGACUUUCCCUGCUCUCGCUGCCGGAAAGGAGGAGGACAAAAGAACAAAAUGAAAUCAUGCCGUGAAUUGUUUAUUGAAUCUCUCUCCACCACUCUCUUUUUCUUUCUCCCUCUUCCCAAGACCAAAUUUUUUCCCUUAAGAAACGACUUUAAAAACUGAGUUCUCUGUUUUUCACUUAACAUCUCUUAGAAAACUAGAUUUGCCACAUUGCUUUCUAAGAAAAACAAAGACAGAAGACAUUGUGCUUUUAAUUGAGUCUUGAUUGUUUUGUGCUUUUACCUAAAUAUGUUAUUUUUAGACUGUAUUUUAACCACAGCCACAGGGAUCAUGUUUCAUUGCACUUACACCUAUUUGCCAUGUCUGCCUAUCCUUGGUAAAUACAUUACUAUCUCCAAAUUGCCUAAAAUCUGCUAUGAUUCUACAGUAAAUAGCUCAGGGGAUUUCUAUUUAUCACUAAUAAAAGGGCACCAUAGUAUGUUUUGGUACUUUAGGCAGUAAACAGCUGCUUGGUUUAUUAUUUUAUUAUUAAAUUAGGACAAGAACAUCAAAUGGACUUGCUGCACUAGUAAUUCUUUGUACUGUUGAGCAACUUGGUUUGCUUAUCUGUUGUGUUGGUUGAAGAACCCAUCCCUUUUUUUUGUCUUGUGAUAUGAAGUUAGAGUGCCUUUUUAUAUUUGUAUAUUCUGAAAAUAUUCUGUGAAAUGUUUUGUAUUUUUUUUCAUUUGAGUGUUAUCAGAGCAAUAUAAUACCAGUGAGUUUUCAUUUCAGCCUUUCUUUGAAUGUAUAAAGUGUCUUUUUUCCUCUUUCCCCUUUUACCUGCUUUGAAAUGAAAAUGAAGAUGCUGAAGUUUUCUAUAGGAAAUAUGUUUGAUUUUGCAGUGCUAAAAUGCUUUCUUUUUACAAAACCAUAAACCAUAGGUCAGUGUUAUAGGGGAAGAGCGUUUUAAGAUAGUGACAAUCUGAGUGUGUGUAUAAAAUGUAAUUCUAUGCGUUUCUUUAUGCAGUGACCUAAAAAUUCAAUGCAAAAAUAUCUUUUGUUUGGUAGUUUUGUCUAUAUAUUUUAUGCUUUAGCAUGUGCAAUAUAUCUUUGCAAAGCGUGAUGAUACAAAUCUGGUGCCAGUGUUAUAUUUUGCAUAACAUAUUUCUAACAGCAUAAAAUACUGUUUGAUGAUUUCAGUGGGAUUUUGUCUGUAAUGUUUUCUUAUGAAAAUUGGAGUUGAAUGACUCUGGUAAAUGCCAUGACUAUAAAAAUGAGGAAAUGACUUUUAGUUCAGUGAAUGACUUUGAACCAAUUGGAAUCUUCUCAAGCACAGUUUAAUACUUUUUCAACUACUGAAUGCUAAUCAUGUCAUGAAGUACUUAACUGUAAUAUACUAUGGAAAUGCAUUCAGAUGGUUAUUUUUCCAAAUAAAAGCGGUACAAAUAUUA